AUGCCCGCUGCCGUGGACUCUGCCCCCGCUGUCUCGGCCAAGGAGACGGCCAAGUCGGUCGCUGUCAUCGAGGACCUGAUCAAGAACCUCUCCAUCUCCAAGACCCCCGAUGAGGCCAACUCCCACGCCAACAACCUCGCCGCUCUGCUGAACGGCCCCAUCGAGGACCAGACCGUGCCUGUGAAGCUUGUCGAGUCGCUCAAGAAGCAGCUCGCCAACAAGAAGGAUGCCAACGCCCGUGAGCGUGCGCUGGAUGCCAUCCGCGCCAUCGCGGAGCACUCCUCGAUCGCGCCUGGCGUCGAGCCUCACCUCCUGACCCUGCUGGGCCCGACUCUGGCCGCCGUCAGCGACAAGAUGACCAACGUCAAGAACGCCGCCCAGGCGGCGGCGAUCGCCCUCACCAAGUCCAUCAACCCGAACGCCGUCAAGGCCGCCCUGCCCGCCAUCAUCAACUCCAUCCUGUCUGCCCAGAAGUGGCCAGAGAAGUUGACCGCCCUGCAGUGCGUUGAGGCCCUCGUCGAGACCGCUCCCGCCCAGCUCUCCUUCCGCGUUCCCGACCUGAUCCCCGUCGUCUCCGAGUCCAUGUGGGACACCAAGCCCGAGGUCAAGAAGGCCGCCUACGGCACCAUGGAGAAGGUCUGCGGUCUGAUCGUCAACAAGGAUAUUGAGCAGUUCAUUCCCGAGCUCAUCAAGUGUAUCGCCAAGCCUGAGAACGUCCCCGAGACCGUCCACCUGCUUGGUGCCACCACUUUCGUCAGCGACGUCUACCAGCCGACCCUGGCCAUCAUGGUGCCCCUGCUGGACCGUGGUCUUGCCGAGCGUGACACCGCCAUCAAGCGGAAGUCGGCCGUCAUCGUCGACAACAUGUGCAAGCUCGUCGAGGACCCCCAGAUUGUCGCUCCUUUCUUGCCCAAGCUGAUGCCCGCGCUGGAGAAGAACUACGAGACUCUGGCCGACCCCGAGGCUCGCAACAAGACGAAGCAGGCUCUUGACACCCUCAUCCGUGUCGGUGAUGUCAAGGACGGUAAGAUUCCCGAGGUGUCUCACGCGGGUGACAUCUCCACCGUCUCCGCCAUCCUCAAGGAGAUCCUGGAGCCCAAGUACAAGGACCAGCUGGCCAAUGCUGAGCCCGCCAUCGAGUUCAUCGCGGCCAUUGCUGGUCAGCUGGUCGACGAGAAGGUCACCGAGGUCGCCAACUGGACCCAGAACACCACUCCCUACCUGGCCGCCAUUGUCGGCGAGGCCAACGCCAAGUCCGUCGCCGAGACCCUCCGCAAGCGUGCCUCUCCCGGUGUUGAGGACGAGGACGAAAUCCUCUCGGAUGAGGAGGAGGGCGAGGACCUCUGCAACUGCACCUUCAACCUGGCCUACGGUGCCAAGAUCCUGCUCAACCAGACUCACCUGCGCCUCAAGCGUGGCCAGCGCUACGGUCUUCUGGGCCCCAACGGUUCCGGAAAGACCACCCUCAUGCGCGCCAUCAACAACGAGCAGGUCGAGGGCUUCCCCAAGAAGAGCGAAGUCAAGACCGUGUUCGUGGAGCACGACCUCGACGCGGCCGACACCGAGCAGACGGUCAUUGGCUGGACCGAGAAGAAGCUCGAGGCUGCCGGUGUCAAGACCGACCGUGCCGCCAUCGAAGCCAAGCUGCUAGAGUUCGGUUUCCUCAAGGAGCAGUUCGACGCCCCGAUCACCUCUCUGUCUGGUGGUUGGAAGAUGAAGCUCGCCCUCGCCCGUGCGGUGUUCGAGAACCCCGACAUUCUGCUGCUCGACGAGCCGACCAACCACCUGGACGUCAAGAACGUGGAGUGGCUGGAGAACUACCUCAUCAACUCCCCUUGCACGUCCAUCAUUGUCUCUCACGACAGCAAGUUCUUGGACAAGGUCAUCCAGCACGUGAUCCACUACGAGCGCUUCAAGCUUAAGCGCUACCGUGGUUCUCUGAGCGAGUUCGUCAAGAAGGUGCCGGCGGCCAAGUCCUACUACGAGCUCGGUGCCUCGGACCUCGAGUUCACGUUCCCCGAACCCGGUUACCUCGAGGGUGUCAAGACCAAGGCCAAGGCCAUCAUCCGGGUCACCAACAUGUCCUUCCAGUACCCCGGCACGCCCAAGCCCCAGCUCACGGACGUCACCUUCCAAGUCUCCCUGGGCUCCCGUAUUGCCGUCAUUGGUCCCAACGGUGCCGGCAAGUCGACUCUGGUGAACGUCCUCACCGGUGAGCUCGUGCCCACUUCGGGUGAGGUGUACCACCACGAGAACAUUCGUAUCGCCUACAUCAAGCAGCACGCGUUCGCCCACAUCGAUAACCACCUGGACAAGACCCCGUCGGAAUACAUCCAGUGGCGUUUCCAGACCGGUGAGGACCGCGAGACUAUGGACCGCGCCAACAAGAUCAUCACCGAGGAGGACGAGAAGGCGAUGGACAAGAUCUUCAAGAUCGACGGCACCCAGCGUCGUGUCAUCGGCAUCCACGCGCGUCGCAAGUUCAAGAACUCGUACGAGUACGAGUGCUCGUUCGCUCUGGGUGAGAACGUCGGCCAGAAGAACGAGAAGUGGACUCCGAUGUCGAGCCAGGACAACGCCUGGAUUCCUCGGAACGAGCUGAUUGCCUCUCACGCCAAGCUGGUGGCCGAGAUUGAUCAGAAGGAGGCUCUCGCCAGCGGUCAGUUCCGUCCUCUGAUCCGUCGUGAGAUCGAGGCCCACUGCGCCAACUUUGGCCUGGACGCUGAGUUGGUGUCUCACUCUCGCAUGCGCGGUCUGUCGGGUGGUCAGCGUGUCAAGGUCGUGCUGGCCGCCUGCUCGUGGCAGCGUCCUCACGUGAUUGUCCUGGACGAGCCGACCAACUACCUGGACCGUGACUCGUUGGGUGCGCUGAACAAGGCCCUGAAGAAGUUCGAGGGAGGUGUCGUCAUCAUCACCCACUCGCGGGAGUUCACCGAGAACCUGACGGAGGAAGUGUGGACCGUCAUGGACGGCAAGAUGACUCCCUCGGGCCACAACUGGGUUACCGGCCAGGGCUCUGGUCCGCGUCUGCAGGAGAAGAACGACGACGACGAGGAGCAGUUCGACGCGCUGGGCAACAAGAUCGAGAAAGCAGAGAAGAAGAAGAAGCUCACGUCUGCUGAGCAGCGGAAGAAGCGCAAGGAGCGGAUGGCGAAGAAGAAGCGUGGUGAGGAGGUCUUUUCCGAUGACGAUCUGUGA